UAAUAUCUCUACAAGCCUGAUUUCUGUAAGGAACGUUUGUCAGUUUGCUUUCCGUUGAUCGCACAGUCAGACGUUAACUUCUUUCACCGAUUAUUAAACGAUUAUUAAUACGACUGAUUACAGUAUCUGAUAAGUAUCAUCGAAACGUGCAACAAUUACUUAAUUUUGACGAGAUCGUGAUAGUAAAUUUUGUCGUCAAUAGUAACUCAACAUCUACAUAAAUUCAAAAAAAUGACCGGGCUGUUCUCCGGCAUCAUCGGCAGUCUUGUAGGAUCCGGAAUCCAGGCUGCGGUCGGUGGGAUUCCGAUACCGGAAGAUGCAUCGAAGGCCUUAGACGUGCUACGUGUUGGCGGAUUGCCGAUACCCCCUGCAAAUUGGUUUUCGACAAAUGCAACAUCGUCGAACAAACAAAACCAACAGCUGCACGAUUGCGACAAAAUUGAACAUCACAUCGCCGGAGCCUUGCAGGUCAUUGGUCAGGGGAUGCAGGUUGCUAAGGUUCUGGGAGACGUUCUUAGUCCUCGAAGUGAAGCUGCACAAGCCAAAGCUUGGACUCCUCGUGAUGACCUGCUUCGAGCCAAUCCAUCGUUCCACACAUCGGCACAUGUUAAUCACCAUUUGCUAGGGCCGGCAGUCAAACUGCCAAAAAAAGAUUGUGGGUGUCAAUGUCUGCGGGCUUGUGUUAAUAAGCCGUCAACAUCGGGCCUUCGCACUUCUUCUACCACUAAGCUGAGAGAGAACGUUUGUUUUCCUCCAAAGCCAACGGAUAACAAGAGAACGAGGAAGAUAGAGAACUUUGGUAAUUCAUUGUCUCAUUGCCAGAAAAAUCCGGACAUUUAUAGCGCGGAAAGAGAGAAUAUUCGUCAAACAGCGAAUAGGAAUGGAAGUAAGCGUUUGGCGACAGCCGGUAAAAUGUUGCCGAAAGGCCAACUCGAAAGGCAAACAAGGUCGACUCUUACCAAACAGUCUCAGUUACCUAAUUCGCAAAAAAAGACGACCAAUAUUCAACACAAGACUAGCGAGUCAGGUGUUAAGAAAUGUUUGUAUUGUCAAGUUCAGAUUAAGAAAAUAAACAAAUCGGGGUUGAUGCCCUGCGGACAUGCGUUUUGCCAGAGAUGCUUGACGAGUCAAAGACCUCUGAAAUGUCCAAAAUGUGACCUCAAAUACGAAGUAAUUUAAUCCUCAAAGUUGAAAAUAUUUACUGGAUCGUUGUUUAAUUUGAAUUACCAAAUUUAAUUUUUAUUUACUCAUGAAAAUGAUAGUAGAAAUUUAUGUAUAAUAGAGUUCAUCAAACGAGGUUUACUAUUGUAGUGUUUCAAUAUGCGACCGGGUACCUUUUUAACAUUUCUGUGACUUACUUCAUGCCGUCAGGUUACACGGCAUGAUUAGUAAAUGACAGAGUGAUAUGAGAGAUUUAAAUUUUGAUUUACAUAUUAGGGACACGUAGAUUAAUGCAACUUUAAUUAGCAGAAUGCAUAUUUCUAAAAUAUUUAAUAUAUGAAAUACGAUGUAAUAUAAUUGAAUAUCACUAGACUAAUCUGGGUACUAAAUUCGAUAACAGAUUUCGGGCCUCUGCAUGUUCAAAAUGCGACCUGAAAUAUGAAGCAGUUUAAGCCUCAAAAUUUAAAAUAUUUAUUGGAUCUUUGUUCAAUUUGAAUUACCAAAUUUAAUUUUUACUUAUAAAUGUUAAUGAAAGCAUGUUAUAAUUUUAUUUGUUUUUGCGCAGCAAUUUGUCAAAUGGUUAUUUGUGUAACUUUUGUAUUGUCGCUGUAUUGAUUUAAUUACUCAUGAAAAUGAUAGUAGAAAUUUAUGUAUAAUAUAGUCUAUCAAACGAGGUUUACCAUUGUGGUGUUUUAAUGUGUGACCGGAAACGUUUAUAUCAUGUUUGCGAAUUACCUCAUGCAGUCAGGUUAAACGGCAUGAUCAGUAAAUGUCAGGCUGAAAUUAAAGAUUAGAAUAUUGGAUUACAUAUUAAGUACAUCUAGAUUAAUUCACCUCUCAUUAUCAGUAUAUAUAUUUCUAAAAAUUUUAACCUAUGAAAUACGACGUAAUAUAAUUAAAUAUCACCAGACUACUCUAGGUACUAAAUUCAAUAAUAGUUGUGUAACGGAUAGUGAUUUUUAGAUCAGACUAAAUUUUUGUUUGAAUACGUAUAACUUACGACAGAAGAAUUUGUUAUUAGCAUUAAGUUAUGAUAAAUUAUGACCAACAUUUUUUUAAACUUACGAUAUCCACGUACAUGUCCUUGAUAUUUAUAAUAACAAUAUCCAUUGUUGUUGGUAACAAAAUUAUUUGUACUGAUAUAUGCUUAAAAAAGACUAUUAUGUGUCUUUUCUGUAUAUUCCCUUAUUUUUAAUACCUACUGGGUCUAAAUUGUUUUUAUUAUCACACAAAUAUCUCUUAGAUUACAUAGAUUGUAUUUCUUACACAUUUUAUUUAUUUA